UCUGGCAUGGAUGCACACUCGUUUUAUUUGAAAUAAAACAUAACCCUAAAUAUUUUUUAAAUAUAACCUAUAAUCUUUCAAAGAAAAUGAAUUUAUGCGAAGCAGAAAAAACGUUUAUUCUACAUGGCGUUGAAGAAAAUUUUCGGGUAGACGGUAGGGAACGUUCGCAGUACAGGCCGAUGGAACUGGAAACCAACGUUGUUGCUCACGCUUUUGGUUCAUCCCGUUUAAGGCUAGCAAACACCGACGUGCUUGUGGCAGUUAAGAUAGAAACUGAUGUACCUUCAGUUGAUCAGCCUGAUGAGGGAAAGAUCGAAUUCUUUGUAGACUGCUCGGCGAAUGCGACUCCUGAUUUUGAAGGUCGAGGAGGCGAAGAAUUGGCCACGGAAAUUGCAAAUAGCUUAACAUCAGCGUACAGAUCUACAAAAGCUUUUAAUCUAUCAAAGCUUUGCAUUCUUAAAGGGCGUAAGUGCUGGAAGUUGUACGUCGAUAUUUUAUUAUUAGAGUGCGGAGGGAAUUUAUACGAUGCAGUUUCCUUAGCAGUAAAGGCUGCACUGUGGAACACCGAUAUUCCGCGUGUUUUAGCAGUGAAUUUAGACGGAAACAAUGUUGAAAUGGAAGUUUCUGAUAAUAUUCACGAAUGUGUUAAGUUAGAUAUAGUGCCCGCCCCGGUCAUGGUGACGAUAUCCAAAAUAGGCGAACAGUGUGUAGUAGACCCGAGUGCGGCAGAGGAGCAGUGUGCCACUGCAUCGAUGGUCGUUGCAGUUUCACAAGAUCGAUUCACUACGGUUUUGCAAUCUGGUUCUGGUUCAUUACAUCCUUCAACAUUAAGGGAAAGUUUAAAAUUAGGUUUGGAAAUAGGCUCCAAAUUAGAUCAAGCCCUUAUAGAAGUUUUAAAACAAAAGCCUGCCAAAAAACAAAUCGGUUUCUUAAUGUAACUUAUUCAAUAGUGUGCUUUUCAUAUUAUCACUAAUUUUUUGUCUAAGAAAUGCAUAUAUUUUUUUUACCUUCCUAUCCAGUGCGUUUAUAGGUAGGGAGGUUAUACAAUCGAAUAAUGUCAACAAGAGUGAAUCUAGCGCAACGGAGAAUCAUAGUCGUCCCUUUUCAUCCAACAGUGCUUUUUACAAUCAAGCGUUAUGUGAUCCACUUCCACUUUCCUUUUUAAAGACGCACAAUUUUCAUAAAUCAUUUUUGUCUUACUAUUAAAAAAACAUUUAACACUUAAACAAAAUCUCAAUUAUUUUCGAAUUCAAAUUCAUUUAUUUUUAACACACAAAUCAUAUUUAAAAAUAAAGAAAUUGUACACAAAGAAAAAUUUGCAAACUUUAUCAGCUUAAAACGUCUUCCCAAAUUAAAUGAAAGCAAUAAUUUCACAUUUUUGUCUAAUAGUGGCCUACAUUCAAUGUAUAUAAAUCAAAGACGAACCAUUCGUAGCGGCGAUAAUAAUAAUAAUAUAUAUUGACGGACAGUAUCCAUUAUAAAAUACUAAUAACUUAACCAUACAAUUUACCUUAACUAAUUAGGCAAAGUGAAAUUAUGUUUGGUAUCACAGCAAUAUUUAUAGAUAUGGAUUUUUUAAAAUG